AGUUUUUUUUUAUCGUUUUUCAAUGCGUGAGCUGCCAUCCCAACAGUGCACGUUCAGUUUUGCAGUACCAGAGCGCCUGGCCUAGAACAUGAACUCAAUUCAUGUACCGAUUUACCAGAGCGAUGAAACGAUUGAGAUCCUGGUGGAGGGUUUGACGAGUCAGAACCCAGAGGACAUUAUACGGUUGCUGAUCGAUGAAAAGGCACCGCUCGAAAUUUGGCUACGCAUAGCGAUAGAGUACUACAAAUUGGGCCGAUAUGCGUUGUAUCAAUCGAUGUUGAAUAUAGGCACGCUAAGGUCUGGAAUGCCGUCCCCAUAUGUGUGUGAGAAGGGAGAGCAGACAUUACCGGAAGAUCGAGAAAAGGAGCUGUUAGCGGAAUGGACCAUGCAGGGGGGCGGAAAGAUUUAUAAGAACUAUGACAAAGCGAUGAUACUAUGCUUAGAUAGUUUGGCAGCGUUUUAUAUUAAUUUGGCGCGCCUCGAGAAGGAGAGCAAGAAGCGCAAUGAGAUAUACGCAUAUGCAAACAAAUUGUUCAACCGCGCAGACCAAACGUCAAAAAAUCAUUGGCAUACCGGUAUUGGCAAAGGUUUGGCGUAUUUGUACCAAGGCGUAUUUGACAAAUCGCUGAGACAAUUUCAGUCAACGCUAAAUUCGUUCGAGUCUCGCGCCGCUCGUACAGGAUUGGCAGUAUGCUAUGUUCAACAGGGAAACCUCGCGGAGGCGUUGCAAGAAUUGACGCGCGUACUGAUGUCAAUAUACCUGUCGACGGCGGAACCCGUCUUGUCGGCGAACAAAGGCGACAGUGACGCACCACCAACUUCGGGGGACGACGAAGUAGAUGCAGCUAUGCACGUAGUCCUUUCUAAUUAUCAAGCGGAGGUUGAGCUGGUUAACGACAUAUGAAGGACUACGCCCUGCCAUUGCGUUGGUUUGGCAACGUUUGCAUUGUUUCGAUCAAGCGAUUUGUGCAUUGAAUUUACAGAUUUCAUCUCUUGAAUAUGUCCAAAAAAAAAAUCCAUCGUUUCCUACGCCAAAGCACCACGAUGAAACUCUGACCAUGCUCACGAUUUUCCUCUUGAACAAAUUCCAUGCUUGCAAGCUCAGGGCUAAAACUGCUCAGGAACUCAACGAGGCAAAUCAGUAUCUCAUUCAGGCCAAUACUUAUAUGCAGCGUGCGCUCAAACUCAACCCCAAUAACCCGAAUGCCCUCAAUUAUUGGGUAAACGUGGGUCUUUACCCAUAGGGAUUUCGCGAGUGGCGACUUCACAAAUACCAAAAAAAUGGCUACCAAAGCCUACCACCACGCCACACUCGAUGGUACCAAGGCGGAGGGAUGCUAUCAUCUAGGGCGUGCCUAUCACGCCGCUGGAGAUUACGAAAUGGCGCUCAAAUACUAUAGCGAAGCUACCAUCAACUGGCCCCAAUUUCCUUUGCCCCACUACGGACUUGGACAACUCUAUCUCGCGCGCAAACAGUAUCUCCAGGCCAUUGAGAACUUGCAAAAAGUAGACUCCAAAUAUUUAGACAUACCAGAGGUUAAAAACCUCCUUGGACAUACCUAUGCACAGCUCAUUGAUGCUCCUUCCACCUCUUCCUCUAAGAUUGUCGAAUACAGAGAAAAGGCCGUUUCUUACUUUGAAAGAUCACUCAAACUCUCUCCUCACCAACCAGAUAUCUGGAUAGAACUUGCUCAAGUCUGCCAAUACUUCGAACCACUCCAGGCGCUUCGAGCUUAUGAAAAUGCAUCUGAUUUACUUAAUUCUGUACAUGCAUACAAAAAACUCUUUUCGAAUCCCGCCGACCCAAAAAAUCCUUCUCACGAACCUACACCUCCUCCUUCCGAUGAGGCUGUCAUUGACCUGCUCAAAAAACUCCCAACACCUUGUAGACAGCUUUGGAAUAAUAUUGGCGUCCUCCUCAUCACACUCAAAGACUUCCAUCGGGCACUCGAUGUCUUCCUCAGAACCAUCCUUGCUGGCGCUUGCUACUCUUGUAUCCGGUCUUCACCUCCCGCCAUUCUUCCAACACACGCCGUCUUAUUUGAUUCAUUCUAUAAAUCCCCCUCUCCUCGUUCUCGCUCUUCCACCAGUCCCCUCAAAACGGUCUUUGCCCCCCCCUCCUUCUCUUCGCCAUCCUCUUCCAUCGACCUAUCCCUCAUUCGACUCGCCCUCUACGCCAAGAGCAUUAAGGAUCCACUUGACUCCUCGCAGCAUAAGCUCCUCUUUCGCGCCUGCUUGGACAACGAAUGGCUCCUUCUCCCUCAAAAUGUCACCGUCGCCUUCAACCUCGCCUAUCUCCACGAAACCGGUCUCCACGACAUUAACACCGCCCACCUUCUCUACGAACGCAUUCUACAACGCUAUCCAGGAUAUCUAGACGCCAUCUUCCGCCUCGCCUGCAUCGAAAGAGAUUUUGGCCAAGUCAGCCGCGCCAUAGACCAAUUCAGCAAAGUCUACCAAGGCGAGUGGUCUUGCCUUCCUACCGCUACCCCAGAUCGACAUAAAACUGCUUGUAUCUAUCUUGCAAACAUCCACAUGCAUCUCAAAGAUUAUAAGUCUGCCCAGUCCUACCUAGAAAAAUUCCUUAAUCAACAUACCGCCGAUAAAAAAAAACUCACCUCUGGACAAGCCACCAUCGAUUUAUAUGCACUCACCCAGCUUGCCAAUAUCUUCCUCAUAGCCGCAGCCAUACCCAACGAUCGUCGCGAGCGCAACCUCAAAUAUGCCACAGAUCUAUUCUCUAGCGUCCUUAAGCAAUCUCCUGGAAAUCUCUACGCCACCAACGGACUCGGCAUUACCCUCGCCCUCCGCGGUACUCCCACUCACUACCAAAACGCCACCGACAUCUUUCACGCAGUCCGCGAGGGCUCAUCCUCCAUUCCAGACGUUUUUAUCAACCUCGGUCAUGUUUAUUUCAUCCAGGGCGAUCACUACCAAGCUAUCCGUAUGUACUCCAACUUCCUCACCAAAUUCGGACCUCACCUUCCCCAAGUCUCCCAAAGUCGCCUCUUCACCAUGCUAUCCAGGUGCUACUUUGAAACUGGCAACUUCGAACUCGCUAAAUUCACCCUCCAGCACUCCCUUCAUCUUAACCCCUCCGAUAACGACACCUGGUAUAACCUAGCCGUCAUGUGCAAGGACCUCGGCCUCUCCGUCCUCAAACAUGUAGACUCCAAUUUUACCCCCUCCAACGACGGCCUCGAACCCUCGAACAUUCACAAAUCUUCUUCCUCUAAAUAUGUCUCCGUCCCCACCGAAGCCGAACAGCGUGCCGCUAUCGAAGCCCUCAAAGUCGCCACCCCCAUCUUCGAACGCCUUCAUACCGACGCCUCUUCCAGUACCUCUAAGCACUCCUUCAUUCCCAGUAAAUGCUCUAAAUUCGCCAAGCUCUGCUCUACUAAUCGUGAACUUGCCGAAGAAAAGCUUGCUGCUUUCAAAGAAGAACAACUCCGACUCUCUCAACUCCGUGAAGCCCGUCUCAGUGAGGCACGCGAACGUGAAGCCCAACGUCUCCAAGAGCUCGAACUCAAACGCGCUCACGAACUACGGCGUAUUAAGGAACUCGAGCUCCAAGCCAAAGAAUACAUUCAGCGUACAGCUGCACUUCAGCAAGAAUGGGCCGCCUCUCAUGACGAUAAAAAGUCCAACGACUCUAACGAUGACCUUGAUGAUGGUGUCAUCUCUGUCCCCAAAAAGCGGAGACGUAAGCAAGAGGAAUCACUAGAAAGUUCGCUCAAAAAAACAAGCUCUUUGAACCAUGAAUAAAAAAA